AUGGGGCCACUCCCGCCCAGUAAAUCGGGGCACGCAUAUCUUCUCGUGAUGCAGGAUUUUUUCACUAAGUGGAUCGAGUGUUGCCCGUUACGUAAGGCUACUGGCAAGAAAAUCAGAGAAGCUAUCGAAGACCUCGUUAUUUUUCGUUGGGGAGCCCCGCGCGUCUUGUUAACUGACAACGGCAUCGAGUUUUUGAAUCGAGAAUUGCACGCGUUAGCGGAACAGUACGGCAUUCAGCACACGACGGUACCGCCGUAUCACCCACAAGCGAACCCUGUCGAACGAGUCAAUCGCGUAUUGAAAACGAUGAUUACCGCUUACUUGGAACGGGACCACCGCAAAUGGGACCAACAUAUUAACGAGUUUCGUUUCGCGUACAAUUCCGCACACCAUACUUCGCUGCAGGCGACACCCGCUUUUCUAAAUUUUGGGAGGGAACCUCAGCCUGUUAAUCUAUCUCGCGGACGGGAAGACGAAGCUGUCGCGGUGGAGAACUCCGAUCCUGCCCUUUGGAGGGAAAGAAUGGAGAAGAUCCAACAGUUACGGACAUGGGUUGUCGAAAAUCUAGAGACGGCUCGAAUGAAACAAACCCGAUAUUAUAAUUUGCGUAGGCGAGAUCGCCAAUUCGUGGUGGGCGACCGCGUAUUGAAACGACAGCACGUCUUAUCGUCCGCCGCUCAACACGUUUCCGCGAAAUUGUCUACCAAAUUUCAUGGCCCCUUUUCCGUACGGAAAAUUCUGUCGCCUGUCGUAUACGAGCUUGCCGAUUCCUUAGGCAACUCGAUCGGAAAAAUUCACAUCAAAGACUUAAAACCUUAUUAUGAAUAG